CGAAUAAAUUAAUGGUUUCUGUCAGCUUAGGCCAUAGCUUCCGUAUUCAUCGUCCUUGUCUUAACCAAAAAAAUGUUUAGUUUCCGAGUUCUGGUCCUGGUUUUGGGAUGCCUUUGGUUAACUGAAGCUGCAACGAACAUGCUUAGCCAUGGUGAUCAGCUCAAUUCAUCUGAUUUUCUUGUAUCCCAAGAUGGAGCUAUUCGAUUCGGCUUCCGCAGACAGGAUUAUGGUCGGACAUGGGAUGACAAACAAUUUGGAUAUUAUUUGUCUAUGUGGUACACCGAGGACGUAUUUAAUCAUUCGAUCUGGUUGGCCAACCGUGACGAUCCCAUCGCAGACGACUCGGGAGUUCUCAUCGUAGACGAUACCGGACUGAAGAUUAAUCGCACUGGUGGGGAUCCGAUCCAACUUUUCUCACUUCAAUCUACCUCUAUGGCCAUCAACAGUACCGGUAUGAACCUUGUGUUACUUGAUUCGGGGAAUCUUGUUUUGCAAGGUACAGACGUAGGGAAUGGGGAGAACUUAGUAUUGUGGCAAAGCUUUGAUCAUCCGACUGACACCUUCCUGCCUGAGCCGAUGAGAUUGGGGUUCAGCCAUGGGAGAAAUCUGUCACUUACAGCUUGGUUGACUGAUUCGAUCCCGGCGUCUGGUUCGUUUACGCUCAAAUGGGAUCCUGUAGGAAAUCAGUUAGUUGCUCGGCUUAGAGGGAGGAUUUUGUGGACAACUGGUGAAGGUUUGCGAGAUUUUCAAAAGAUGCACCCCUUGGAUCCACUGAACAUGAACUAUAAUUUCACUUAUGUUUCUAAUCCAAAUGAGCAGUAUGUUCAUUAUACGCCUGUCAUUGAUCGAUUUACACCCGAAGAACUUCGGAAAAACGCCAGGUUAUUGUUCGACGGUAGUUUAAGACACAGUGGAAACCAGUUACUCUUGUUCAGUUUGAAUGCAUGUGAUGGUGAUAGCACCGAGUACGGUUGCGAGAGAUGGGAGGGACCAAAGUGCAGAUACAAAGGUGAUAAGUACGAAGUGAGAUCGAUAAGACCUACACAUAUAGAUUCUUUCGACAAUACACUACUCGGGAACACCAAUCUUUCCAUAAACGACUGUAAGGACAUAUGUUGGGAUGACUGCAAUUGCUUGGGAGUCAAUGUGAUGAGUGACCUCGGUUGCCAGUUUCUUUCGGGGCCUUACGACGAAGGUGUGUUGAAUGGACAAUCAUUCCAAGUUAUAAUCCGCAACCGUCCGAAGUCGAGAACUUGGAUAUGGAUAGUAAUCUCUUUAGCAAUGGCUUUAACGAUCAUACUACUGUUUUCGACCGUGUUUUAUUUGAGAAGACGACACCGAGCUAGAGAGGAAGAGAAGUUCCUACUUGACUUAAUGACUUCAGAUGAUGCAAGUGACAUAAGGGAGCUUCAAACUGGAAACAAAGGCCACAAUAUAAACAUAUAUACAGCAGAAAUGAUUAUGUCUGCUACAAAUGGCUUCUCACCGGAGAAUUUGCUCGGAAAAGGUGGCUUCGGACCCGUUUUCAAGGGAACAUUGGUUGAUGGACAAGAAGUGGCAAUAAAGCGAUUAUCAAGAGGAUCAACACAAGGGCUAGUGGAGUUCAAAAAUGAGCUUAUACUUAUAGCUAAACUGCAACACACAAACCUUGUGCGGCUCUUAGGCUUUUGUGUUCAAGGGGAUGAGAAAAUGCUUGUCUAUGAGUACUUGCCUAAUAAAAGCUUGGACUUCUUCAUCUUUGAUGAAUCGAAACGGAAGCUAUUAGAUUGGGAUAAGCGAUUUAGCAUCAUUGAAGGGAUAGCUCAAGGGCUACUUUAUCUUCACAAAUACUCUAGACUAAGAAUCAUUCACAGAGAUUUGAAGCUGAGUAACAUAUUGCUUGACGAAAACAUGAACCCCAAGAUAUCGGAUUUUGGAAUGGCGAGGAUUUACAAAACAAAUGAAGCCGGAACAAACACGAACCGGAUCGUCGGCACAUAUGGCUACAUGUCUCCAGAAUAUGCAAUGGAUGGCAUAUUCUCCGAAAAAUCUGAUGUUUAUAGUUUCGGAGUUAUGGUGUUGGAAGUCGUCAGCGGUCGCAAAAACAGAAGCCGUUUCGAGUUCGACCGUCCACUUAACCUGGUCGGAUAUACAUGGGAACUAUGGAAACAUGGUGCGGCAUUAGAACUAAUGGAUCCGAGUUUAAGUGGUUCAUCUCCUAAACAAUACCAGGUUUUAAGGUGCAUUACUUUGGGUCUGCUAUGUGUGGAAGAUAAUCCAUCCGAUCGGCCGACGAUGUCCGAUGUUAUUUCAGUACUGAACGGAGAAAUGCAGUUGCCGUUGCCAAAACACCCUGCGUUUUCCACCGAAAGUAGGAUUGUGGAAGAAAAUGUGAUGGACAAAGAGAUGGAAAAUUACUCUGUGAACGGCCUAACCAUGUCUACCAUGGAUGCAAGAUGAUUAAAAGAAUUAAUCUUUUUUUUAGAUAAUUUAAAUGAAUUG